AUGGUCAAGGCUAUCGAAUCUUACGACGAGUGGAAGGCUCUUACCACCAACGCCGAGAACAUUGUCGUCGUUGACUACUGGGCGACCUGGUGCGGUCCCUGCAAGAUGAUCUCUCCCCACUUUGCCAAGCUCGAGGACAAGUUCCCCAGCGUCAAGUUUGUCAAGGUUGACGUCGAGGAGCAGGAGGAUGUCGCCAAGGAGGCUGCUAUCAAGGCCAUGCCUACUUUCAUUGCCUACAAGGACGGCAAGCCCUUCAAGACCAUCACUGGUGCCGCCCCUGCCAAGAUCACCGUGAGCGCUGUUGUAGAGUAUCUGGGGAAUGGAGGCUGA